UGAAUGACGACGUAAGAGGAGUGGUUUUCUUUUGCAUGGCACAGCUGAUUAAAAUAAGAAAUGUAUCACUUUGCCUGAGGAAAAGAAGCGUAGAGGAUCCAGUGAGAGAGGGAGGAAGGGAGACCAAACAAAUAUGGCACGCGUUGCAUCUGGCAUAUAUUUCUAUGCUGUUCUUUUUUAUAUUAUUUUGAGGAAAGGGGCCUCGGAAAAUGAUACGAAAGAACCAGGAGUUACGGCCAGGGGCGAUAUCAUCAUAGGAGGACUGUUCACCAUUCAUCAAGGUGUAGAAAAAAAUGACAGUUCCUUUGCUCCCCUACCUCAUAGGUGUAUUCGGUUAUCAGUCAGAGGCUUAUCAAGAUCUCUGGCUAUGAUCAAUGCAAUUGAGACCCUGAAUAAAUCUCCUUUACUGAUGGGUCUUAACAUCACUCUGGGCUACCGGAUCCAAGACUCCUGCACUGAUAUCAGUACAGGUCUGAGAGGCACAGCUGACUUCAUUGAGCAGGCAAAGUGUGUGACAGAACACGCAGCAUCCACAUGUGGGCCGCCACUUGUCGCUAUCUUGGGGGCGUCCUUUUCUGAAAUGUCUAUUGUGAUUGCCAGGCAACUUGCCCUCGACAUGAUUCCUCAAAUCAGUUAUUCAUCAACUGCUGUGAUUCUAAGCGACAAGGAACGCUUUCCCAGCUUCUUAAGGACAGUUCCUAAUGACGAGUAUCAGACGGCUGCCAUGGCCAGACUCAUCGAACUCCAUGGCUGGAACUGGGUGGGAAUAGUCAUCUCAGAUGGUGAUUAUGGUCGCUCGGCGCUUGAGCACUUUGCAACUCAAGCAUCUGAAAAUGGAAUCUGCAUCGCAUUCAAAUGUAUCCUUCCACACAGUGUUACGGGUGAGGAUUUAGAGUUAGCUGUCACAAAGACUGCCAAAACCAUCCUUCAAAAUCCCAAGGUGCAAGCGAUUGUGUCCUUUUCAAAGUCAGUCCACAUGGCAGCCAUUUACAAGGAAUUGAGGAACGAGGUGCAAAGAAAAGGGCAAAGUGUAGAGUCUAUGAGAAGAGUGUGGUUGGCCAGUGACAGCUGGUCCACCGCAGGCACUGUACAAGGAAACCUAAACCUGGAAGACAUAGGGCAGGUUGUGGGUUUCAACUUCAGAACUGGAAACAUGUCAUCUUUCAACGGGUACCUGGAUAGGCUGGAAGCGACUGGAUACGACAGCACAUGGAACAACACUUUUCUGGAAGAGCUGUAUAGGCAGAUAAAUGAAAGCAACACUCAACCGGCAUCUGAAGUUGUGAAGACCAUCAAAGAACAAACAAACCCAGCCAUUGUUUUAAGCGUUGAAUUGGCCGUGACUGCCACUGCUCAAGCUAUUGCCUCACUCUGCAAGAGCAGAGAUUGUAAAACCCCCGGCGAACUGCAACCCUGGCAGGUAUUGGAAGCUCUUCGGCAGCAUCACUUUGACUUCCAAGGCGAGAGAUACACCUUUGACCACCGGGGAGACAUCAACGAAGGUUACGAUAUCGCAGUGUGGCGGUCAAUUGAUGGGAAAAUUGAUGUUCAUGACAUCGUGGCUGAAUACCACCCGACAAGCAACAGCUUCACUCAAACAAACGGCGACUUUAUCGUUCGUUUUCCAGACUUGCAGCACAUCAUCUCUAAAUGCUCCAAUAGCUGCAUGCCUGGGGAGUUCAAGAAAACAUCUGAAGGUCAACACACAUGUUGUUAUGAGUGCAUCAACUGCACUGAAAAUUACUACUCCAAUGACACAGAUAUGGACCAAUGUAUGCGCUGCGAUAAAAAAACAGAGUGGUCUCCACAGGGAAGUUCUACGUGCUUUCCCAAAACACUCAUCUACUUCAAGUGGCAGGAUCGCUUUGCCAUAGUCCUCCUGACGUUGUCUGCUCUGGGUAUCCUGCUGGUUCUGAUGGUGUCGGCGCUAUUUUUUCAUUAUCGAGAGACUCCUGUAGUGAAGGCCGCCGGAGGACCCCUCAGCCAGGUCAUGCUGUUCUCGUUGGUUUUCAGUUUCAUCAGCGCCGUGCUGUUUGUCGGGCAGCCCAACUCGCUCCAGUGUAAAGCACGCCAAGUGCUCUUUGGCAUCAGCUUUACGGUGUGCGUGUCCUGCAUCCUUGUCAAAUCCAUUAAGAUCCUUCUGGCGUUCCAGUUGAAUAUUGACAUGCAAGGUGCUCUCCAGAAAGUCUACCACUCCUACCUGAUAGUCCUCGCGUGUGUCGCGUUGCAGGUUAUCAUUUGCAUUGCCUGGCUGGUCUUGAAAAGCCCUUAUAAAUACCUCAUUACGUUGCCCAAAACUCUCCUGGAGGACUGUCACGAAGGCUCCUAUGUGGGUUUUGGUGUGAUGCUGGGCUAUAUAGCACUCUUAGCUUUCAUUUGCUUCAUCUGCGCCUUCUUAGGACGUAAACUGCCACAACGGUACAACGAUGCGAAAUUCAUUACUUUUAGCAUGCUGCUUUACCUUACCUCCUGGCUGAUCUUUAUCCCCAUCUACAUCACAACAUCUGGAGUGUAUCUUCCCGCCGUGGAAAUGGCGAUCAUUCUCAUCUCCAACUAUGGUAUCGUAUGCUGUCAUUUUCUCCCCAAGUGCUACAUUAUCUUAUUUAAAAAAGCUCAAAACACCAUCAGUGCUUUCAGGAAAAAGCUGUAUGAGUAUAAUGUAAAGAGUACAGGUUCCAUUUGUGUGAGCGGAAGUUCAAUAUCAGAGAAAAAUGUCAGCAGCCAUUCCCCAACCUCCUCGCCCGAAGAUGACUUUGUCAAACCCUCCUUGGAGAAACUCUACAGUAACAGAGACAGUUUCAAAGUUUCGUAUAGAGGAAAAAACAACUGCUUAGAUCGAUUCAGUCCCCACAGAAGAAGUAUGAGCAUGUAGGCUGAAGACGCUCAUUACGCUAUCUGUUCGCUAAUGCUAAUUUGAGUGGGAACAGUCGUUUGCCCGAUUAACAGAUGAAUGAAAUUCCAAGGCCCAGUAAGUUUAAAAACAACAAAAGAUGGGUCAUCAAGGAUUCAUUGUAUGUGUCUCACACUGAAGGAAGUUAACGUUGAUUGGCAUUUGGGAAUGUGGAGAUGCUAACUAUGUAUUGUGCUCUCGACCAGGUUACAAUUGUCAAUGGAUCCUGUUGGCACAAAGUAAUCGGAUUAACUCACUGGCACAACUUCAAAACAAACAAACAUGGUAAUAAAGCAGACCAUGAUACCCUCUUAGUUAGCUUUGUCUUACAACAACAAUAAAGACCAAUGGAAAAAUGGUUGGCCUACUAAGCAUUUUGUUUCUGAUGAGUUCACAGGUAAAGGGCAGCUCUUCCGUAAAGUAAUGGGAAUAACCUGUUUGCUUAAUUCAACCACCUCCAGCUUUUUAAUUAAGUGUUACCAAAUAGAACAGUAUAAAGCCAGCAUGGCAUACUGCGCCAAUACCACCCCCGAUUUGAAUAUUUCCAGUAAACAUGGGUGGCUUUUGGCUUUUCUAAUGUUCAAAGAUUAGUGGUUCAAUUAAUUAAAAACUAGGAAGUGGUCUCACCUGCUUUACAUA